CCGGUACAAGGCGGGCGCGGAGCCGGGCUCUCGACAUGUCGGGCGCGGAGCGGCGGCGGGCGGCAGGCCGUGUCCAGUUGGACAGCAAACCUACACCAACCACCACAGAUGGAAAUCAGAACAUCACAGAAGUGGAUGCAUUUGAUAUAAGACAAACGUUUGACCCUGCAGAGCAGUACAAAAUGAACCAUCAGAGAAGAGGAGUUGCGUUAAUCUUCAAUCACGAGCACUUUUUUUGGCAUUUAAGGCUGCCAGAUAGACGUGGGACUUUGGCAGACAGAAACAAUCUGAAACGCAGUUUGACAGACCUUGGAUUUGAAGUCAGAAUUUUUGACGAUCUGAAAGCAGAAGAUGUGCUCCAGAACGUUUAUGAAGCCUCUCUGGAUGACUACAGCAAUGCUGACUGCUUUGUUUGUGUGUUCUUGAGUCAUGGUGAGAAUGAUCAUGUCUACGCAUAUGAUGCCCAAAUCAAAAUUGAGACGAUCACAAACAUGUUCAGAGGAGAUAAGUGCCAGAGUCUGGUAGGAAAGCCGAAGAUAUUUAUAAUUCAGGCAUGUCGAGGUGAUAAACAUGAUGACCCAGUUCUCGUUCAGGAUUUAGUAGACAGCAAAGAUGAAACCACUAUUAACCAGACUGAAGUGGAUGCAGCUGGUGUCUAUACCCUGCCGGCUGGUGCAGACUUUAUUAUGUGCUAUUCUGUGGCACAAGGUUACUUUUCUCACCGUGAAACUGUAAAUGGCUCCUGGUACAUUCAAGAUUUGUGUGAGGCUCUCAGGAAGCACGGCUCUUCCUUGGAGUUCACAGAACUCCUUACUGUCGUUAACCGAAAAGUUUCUCAUCGCAAAGUGGAUAUGUGCAGAGAUAUAAAUGCUAUAGGAAAAAAACAGAUUCCUUGUUUUGCUUCAAUGUUGACGAAAAAAUUGUAUUUCCACCCAAAAUCUAAGUAGGUUGCUACUUAAUAAUGACAUUCUUUAAUGCUCACUGCAGAAGUGAGAAAACUACCAUCUUAGAUCAAGAGAUUUAACACUCUAAGAUUAUAUACAAAAACACUGGGAUCAAACCUUAUAGUUUGUAUACGCAAUAGUUUCAAAAAUCUUAAGGCAAAUUUAAAGCUAAUAUUGCAGCUCUGUUCAUCUCAGGGAAUUUGGAAGAAGUUUACUGGUGCUAGAUUAGUAACAGGUGCUCAGAUUUUAUUGAAAUUAACUUUUAAGGAAAAAGAAAAAUUUUUGCUCAAUUUAUCUGUUCAGUUAUGGCACACUUUUUACUAUUUCCAAAACUUUUUUAACACUGUAUUAGGUUAGCUUCUCUUGCUCCAAGAGUAUGGUUUACAGGAAAUAUACUUGUAAGGCAUCUUUUUAUAUCUGUGUACAACAGUAUCCACCAUCUAAUUUUUAUGCAUUUAUUGAGGGUGGGUGGUUUUUUUCCUCUCAACACUGAAAACAUACUUAAUUCCUUGAGUACAGUUAUAGUUCUAAUGCACAUAAAGGACUUCUUGUGCUGGCGCAUAAUUUUCAUUUGUGGUACAAUUAAAGCUUAUGGUGCUUUGCAUCCUCGGAGGGAAAGAAAGCAGUAGUGAAAUAAGGCAGCAAAUAUCUUGCUUUGGAAAAGCAUGAUUUUGGGUACAAACACGCUCUUUGACAGGGGUAAGCUUAUCUGCUACACAUCACUAAAGCAAAUGAUUUAUAUGGUUCAAGUUCACUUGCCACUCUUGUAGGUAUCUUUAGGCAGCUCUGCAAUAUACAACAUAAACCUUGGCACUUCAGAGGUAUUGGUGUUGGACCAGACUCUGCCUCCUCUGGGCUCCAGAGAUCAGCUGUGCACUGUCAUUUUGUAUACAGAACUGAUAGUAUACUUGUCAUCAUAGGAUGUUUCAGGUUGCUACUACUGUAGCAUUAGCAAUUGCAAUACUUAAUAGAAACAAUUUUUUAAAAAAUCAGUUUUUACAUUAUUGGUACAUAAUGCUUAACUCUGGUAGACAGUGGAGAACUCACACUAAGGAAAGUUAAUACACUUUUCUGGGUAAAAAAUAAUUGACUUACAGGCUCUACUUUAGUUAUAUCCUUUCAUAUAUUGUGUUCUGAGUCACGGAUAUUAAGUCUUAAUAUGGCUACUUUGAAGCUUUGAGUAAAUCAUGUAUUUGUGAAUGUUUUUGUAAGUUCUUUCAAUAAAAUGCAACAAUUUUACAGUAAAA